UACGUUCGUAUGCUGCAUACAUUCGUAUCCUCUGACUCGGAGCGGGACCUGUGAACACGCACUCAUGAAAGCCAAUCAUAAUGUCACAGAAGCGCUGCAACGAACCAUUGGGUUCAUGCAGAAAGAGUUCGAGCGCAAUGUCUUGUCGAGCCAGUUACUAGACAGAUUAGCUCGAUCGCAUUCUCAUAAUUUUCGGCCUCGUGGUCUUCUUUAUACUGAAGCAGCGCAUCGUCGGUCGCGGGCUACGUAUCGCCUUUUUCUGGACGAGGUUUGCCCAGCUCCUGCUCAAGUACGCAUGUUGUGGUGUAGAAGGCUGGGAUAUAAUGAUGACUGCGUCGGCCAGCACUGCUGCCGCGUCAGUUGUGCUGGCGUCAUUGAUAGGUAGUCAGCAUGAUGGAGCUGGUCAGGAACACACCAUAGACGUGUCUGAAACCCCUAGUCUCUCAACAUCGGCUGUGGAGCCAUGAACUACUGGACAGCAUAGCAGAUGCGCAUGAUAAUUUCAACUAUUCAGCACUGCAGCUUGCGGGACGCACGGACUCAAGUACAAAACAACUAUUCACAUGAUUGGAUCUGGCACACGAUGCGUUGUGGGCGGGACGUAGUC